UUCGUUCCGAGGCCCAGUGGGAAGCAAAAUCAGACUUCCAAGAGCCGAAGAUUCGCUCCAAGCUCUGCUGCAAGUGAUAAGCGAAAGUGCAGAAGAUAGCGAUUCAGCAUUCGAAGUCCAAAGUUCAUGUGACCGGCCCACCAUGUGCUCUACGAAGCCGACGCCGAGCAUAGACUACUCGAAAAGGAGCGGGUACUUCAGGACUCGUAUCGUUUGGCCGAAUGUUUUCUUUUUCAUAUUCCUCCACUGUGCCGCUUUGUACACGGUCUUCGGAUGUGCUCACCUCUGGAGUUGGAAAAUCUUCUGCGUCUGGUACCUGACCGCGUGUCUCUCGGCAUAUUCCGUGAGCAUAGGGGCUCAUAGACUUUGGUCGCACAGAUGUUUCAAAGCCAGACUGCCCUUGCGUAUAGUUCUCAUGUUACUCAAUUGCAUGGCCGGGCAGAACGACCUCUUCGUCUGGUGUAGAGAUCACAGACUCCAUCAUAAGUAUACGGACACCGAUGCCGACCCGCACUCGACGACUAGAGGGAUGUUUUUCGCCCACAUGGGCUGGCUGAUGCUGAAAAAACACGAUGCCGUCAUAGAAAAAGGCAAAAGCUUAGAUUGUAGCGACCUUCUUGGGGAUCCCGUCAUACGUUUCCAGCGGCGUUUCUACAUCCCCUUGUAUUUCUUGGGUGUAGUCAUCGUCCCCUCAUGGAUAAUAUAUAGGUGUUUCGACGUCCCGUUGCUCUUCGCUGUUGGGACUUCCUUGACUCGAUACACAUUCCAAUUGCACAACACUUGGUGCAUAAACAGCCUGGCGCAUUGGUUCGGGGACCGACCUUACGACAAGAACAUCAAAGCGUGCGACAAUCCCGUUAUAAAAUGGCAUCUGAUCGGUGAAUGUUUUCACAACUACCACCAUGUUUUCCCAUUCGAUUAUAAGUCCUCCGAGUUUCCGUUCACCAUUUUCGAUACAUCGUCCUCACUCAUAAGACUGCUCUCUUACGUUGGACUCACCUACGACCUGAAAGAAGCGUCUCAAGAAGCGGUCGCCAGGCGCAAGGAGAAAAUCGGACAAGAUGGAGGUCUCUAUUGAUAUGUUUCUACACCUCAACGGGAUUUCAAUCACCUACUCAAUUUCGGAAUAAAUAUUCUCCGUGGGAGGGAGAUGUCUGCUGAGUUCGGAAAU